AUGACAAAUAAAAAUCACAAGAGAACUAAAAGUAAAGCCAAAACUACUUGUAAAAUUCAAUUUUUAGAUAAUAUUGCAGUUUUAUAUAAUGAUGAAAUAAAAAGUGCAAACUGCAAUUCGAAAAUGAUUGAAACUUGUUCGAAACGAUGUAUGUUACUAGGAACAAUAUUGUUAGGAGUGUUAACCAUUGUGAUUCUUAUCUUGGAAUCACAAUUAGCUGACACCCUCUCAGGAAGCCAAAGAAUGAAGAAUAAAACAUUUCCAACUGAAAACAACUCGACGUGUUGGAUGCAUCAACCAUAUACAAUUAUAAGUGAAUGUCAUCCAUGUUCAGACUUUGAAAUUCGGAGCAAAAGUAUUGGAGUAUGCAUUCACACCAGUUUUAAAGAAAUACUUAAAUGUGAAAAUGGUGAAACAGUGACUAGAAGUUGUGAUCGUGUUGCAUUUUUGGAAGAAAGGGCGUACUGGAAGUUUACUAUCUGGUCUUUUGUUAUUGGAAUGGCCUCAUCAGUGGCUGUUAUGCUAAGAAUGAGAGUUCUUAAUUACAAAGCUAAAAGAAGAGCUCGCCAAGUAUUAAGUAAUGGUUCCAUA